CAAAGGGCCAAGUCAAGACCAUGAGUUUUGUCGUCCAAUUGCGAAAUUCAAAAAUUGUCGUGCAACUGUGAAAUUCGAAAUUCGCCUCUAGACGGCACAUGGAGUCGCAAAGUGGUGGGGUGAAAGCAGAAAAAAGGUCAACAGCUUUCAACAGCAAUGACUCCACAGAAAGAGCACACGAUUCAAUGCAGUAAACGUAUUUCUUUAUUUCUGCAGACAUAAAGUCGCGGUCAAAAUGAAACAUACCCUGGUCAAGGACAUCUCGAUCCUGAUGAAAGUGUCAACAUGGCGAUGCUCUUAAAGGGCACACGCUGUGCAUGAAAUAGCAGGGUCGAUACAAGCUUCAAAACGGAAGUCGCCACCCAACUACAUCGUCUAUCAAUUCUCUGGCAAUCUCUCCGAUCGUUGUACUCAAGUUACGAAAAUAGACUAGCUCGUGGCGAACUAAGAGAGUGGGGUGUCUCCGCAGAUCCCAACUGGUAGCGUAACGGAAUCGGUGCGUAGAACAACCUCUCUUGUUGCAGAAUUAGCAAAGAGACAAAGUCGGAAUACGUUUGGCAGCACAGAUUGAGAACUAGAGUGAAGAAAUCGACCGGGGUUGUCAAAUGGCUUCUGCUGGGGAUGUUACAAGGGUCGCGCUCCCCAGGGGUCAGCCCCGCGCUGAAGGGCCAGCCUGCGUGCUAGGCAUCGGCACUGCGGUGCCUCCCGCGGAGUUUCUGCAGAGUGAGUACCCCGACUUCUUCUUCAACAUCACCAACUGCGGCGAGAAGGAAGCCCUCAAGGCCAAAUUCAAGCGCAUCUGUGACAAGUCGGGCAUCCGGAAGCGCCACAUGUUUCUCACGGAGGAGGUGCUCAAGGCCAACCCAGGCAUCUGCACGUACAUGGAGCCCUCCCUGAACGUCCGCCAUGACAUCGUGGUCGUCCAGGUCCCCAAGCUCGCCGCCGAGGCCGCCCAGAAGGCCAUCAAGGAAUGGGGCGGCCGCAAGUCCGACAUUACCCACAUCGUCUUCGCCACCACCUCGGGUGUCAACAUGCCCGGAGCCGAUCACGCCCUGGCCAAGCUGCUCGGCCUGAAGCCCACUGUGAAGCGUGUCAUGAUGUACCAAACCGGGUGUUUCGGCGGUGCAUCCGUGCUCAGAGUGGCCAAGGAUCUAGCCGAAAACAACAAGGGCGCCCGAGUGCUGGCAGUCGCGAGCGAGGUGACCGCAGUCACAUACCGAGCCCCGAGCGAGAACCACUUGGACGGGCUUGUGGGCUCAGCUCUGUUCGGCGAUGGCGCCGGCGUGUACGUGGUUGGAUCCGACCCCAAGCCUGAGGUAGAGAAGCCAUUGUUCGAAGUGCACUGGGCUGGAGAGACCAUCUUACCAGAGAGUGACGGCGCCAUCGAUGGACAUCUCACCGAAGCAGGGCUCAUCUUCCACCUCAUGAAGGAUGUACCCGGGCUCAUCUCCAAGAACAUCGAGAAGUUUUUGAACGAGGCCAGGAAGCCAGUGGGAUCACCGGCAUGGAACGAGAUGUUCUGGGCGGUGCAUCCCGGAGGUCCAGCCAUUCUCGAUCAGGUGGAGGCGAAGCUGAAGCUGACCAAGGACAAGAUGCAAGGGAGCAGGGACAUAUUGUCCGAGUUUGGCAACAUGUCUAGCGCGUCUGUGUUGUUUGUGUUGGAUCAGAUUCGGCACAGGUCUGUGAAGAUGGGUGCGUCCACUUUGGGCGAGGGCAGCGAGUUCGGAUUCUUCAUUGGCUUCGGACCAGGACUGACACUAGAAGUGCUUGUGCUCCGUGCCGCUCCCAACUCCGCUUAGAUUCCACCCCACCUCUCCUUUUUACUCCCCAUUCUCACCAAUUUGUAUCAUAUCAAAUUAUUGCAUAGCAUAGCAUAGAAGUGUGCAAUUCAAUUUCAAUGUAUUCCUGAACUUGAGGUUGCGCUUAAUUUCAAAAGAGAAAUCAGGUUAUCGAAUCAACCUAUGUUCUUUCUUCAGCAAGCUCUUUACACACUCUAAAAUCUAGGGUUCCAUUGAUUCGUAUCCAGAACCUGAACGAUCUGGCGUCUGUGGAUAUAUUUCUCUUGCUGUGCUAAAUUAGCAGUGCAUCUACUCUAGCAUUGUUGUUGUUGACUCAAUUCAUUUCUGGAAGACAAGAGUUUGGCAAUGUACAGUCACAAUGCAAUCAGAGGUGUGAAGUACAGUUUUAUUUAGAAAAUUUAGGUUGGAAGAAGAUGAAGUGGGAGUGUCCAGUGCAUACUGUGUACUAAGUUAGGUCUAGCCUUAAGGAUUCAAAGUGUGGUAUGGGUACAGAUUUUGGCAAACAUGAGAGUGCUUCGUGACAAAGUGUGGUAUGGGUACAGAUUUUGGCAAACAUGAGAGUGCUUCGUGAUGUAGAAUAAGUGUGUACAAUAAUACAUGCUUCGUCGCUCCAGAAGCCAUCCUUGUUUUCCCUUAGAGCCAGCAAAUGUUGUUUUCUGUAGCACUCAUAGGUGCGUAGCAUUGGAAGGAAAUACAACCUUGAAUUACGUGGUUUA